CUGCUGGCGCGCCCCCGCGCGCGCCGCCUGUGCGGCCCCGCCCGGCGCGCGUGCUCAACUGCUCGGCGGCGCCGGCCCGGCGGCGGGGCCCCUGCCGAGCGCGCCGCCGCUGCGCGCCCGCCACCUUCGCGGGGCUGGUGCUCGUGGGCCUGGGCGUGGCCACCGUCAAGGCCAACAUCACGCCGUUCGGCGCGGACCAGGUUAAAGACCGAGGUCCCGAAGCCACCAGGAGGUUUUUUAAUUGGUUUUACUGGAGCAUUAAUUUGGGAGCGAUCCUUUCGCUAGGAGGCAUUGCCUACAUUCAGCAGAACGUGAGCUUUGUCACGGGGUACGCGAUCCCCACCGUCUGCGUCGGCCUGGCCUUCGUGGUCUUCCUCGCCGGCCAGAGCGUAUUCAUCACCAAGCCCCCCGACGGCAGCGCCUUCACCGAUAUGUUCAAGAUACUGACGUACUCCUGCUGUUCCCAGAAGCACAGGCGGGAGCGCCGGGGCAGCGGUGAAGGCAUUGGAGUCUUUCAGCAAUCUUCUAAACAAAGUCUGUUUGAUUCAUGUAAAAUGUCUCGUGGAGGGCCAUUUACAGAAGAUAAAGUGGAAGAUGUGAAAGCUCUGGUCAAGAUUGUCCCUGUUUUCUUGGCUUUGAUACCUUACUGGACAGUGUAUUUCCAAAUGCAGACGACGUAUGUUUUACAGAGCCUUCACUUGAAGAUUCCAGAAAUUUCAAGCAUUACAACCACUCCUCAUACGCUCCCGGCCGCCUGGCUGACCAUGUUCGACGCCGUGCUCAUCCUCCUGCUCAUCCCUCUGAAGGACAAGCUCAUCGACCCCGUCCUGCGGAGGCACGGCCUGCUGCCCUCGUCCCUGAAGAGGAUCGCGGUGGGGAUGUUCUUCGUCAUGUGCUCUGCCUUCGCCGCCGGAAUUCUGGAAAGUAAACGGCUGGAUCUUGUUAAAGAGAAAACCAUCAACCAGACUAUCGGCCACGUUGUUUACCACGCUGCCGACCUGCCCAUAUGGUGGCAGGUUCCGCAGUACGUGCUGAUUGGGAUCAGCGAGAUAUUCGCAAGUAUAGCAGGUCUGGAGUUUGCGUACUCGGCCGCCCCCAAGUCCAUGCAGAGCGCCAUCAUGGGCCUGUUCUUCUUCUUCUCCGGCGUGGGCUCCUUCGUGGGCUCGGGCCUGCUGGCGCUGGUGUCGGCCAGGGCCAUCGGGUGGAUGAGCAGCCACACGGACUUCGGGAACAUCAACGGCUGCCAUCUGAACUACUACUUCUUCCUCCUGGCCGCUGUGCAGGGCGCCACGCUCCUGCUCUUCCUCAUCGUCUCUGUGAAGUACGACCGGGACCGCCAGCGGGCCAGAGCGAGUGGGGCGCCCGCCCUCGGGAGGGCCUGAGCCGGCGGCGCCCAGCGGACUGUGAGGAGCGCCGGGACGGGGGAGUCAGUCGCCCAGGCCCGGCUGUCCGGACGUGCACGUUGCCUGGGUGGU